AUGGUCAUACCUAAUCAUUCCCAAGAACUUGCUGAGGCAUAUCAAGAAAUGCAAGAAAAGAUAGCUUCAAUGACCGAGAAGGAUGUAGAUGACACUUACAAUUUACUCCAAAAACUCAACUUCUUCAGCUCUGAGUCCAAGGUUUAUGAACUCAUCAAGGAGAUAUUCUAUAUCGCCAUGAUUAGAAUCGACAUGUACAACACCUUGGCCAAAUUGGUUGUUUACAUCAAUGACAAGUUCAUUGAUUCUGACAAGAUCAUCCCAGUUAAGGAUCUUUGCUUGAACAUUGCAUUGGAUCCCAUCAAAGAUGAUCAGUACUCUUGGUACAAGAAAUCUUCUGAUUUCAGAUUUCUCCGUGCCCUCUUCAACGAAGGCUUCUUCUCCGCCCAGGAUAUUAGCAACGAGAUCGAGGAAUUUCCAUCGAAGCUGAGAAACCAGAAAUUCCUUCUUUCUAUUUACUUUUAUCCAGAACUUUACAAUAUCCUUCCAGAAACAGUUAUUCCUGCUGAUGACUAUACAUACGUCCAUGAAUCUCUUAAAGAGAUCGUUGAAAACAUGUACAAUUACAAGUACAACGAUUUCGAGACACUUAGAGAAGUAUUAGAGAAUGGAUACUCAAAGGAUUCAUGCUUCUAUUAUCUUAAGUAUGAUGAUUUCGAUAGAUUCUGCCACUUCCUUCCUCCACAUUUUAAUCCAAAGAUGACAGUUCCAUUCAAUCCAUUUGAAACUCAUCCAGAACUUGUUGGAGCACCAAUCAUCAAUGUUGCAGCAUUCUAUGGCUCUGUUCAAUCCUUCAGAUCCAUCUUCCAGCUUGGUGCUGAAACUCCAUUUACAAUGAGUUACGCUGUUGCAGGCGGAUGCAUUGAAAUCGUCAGAAUACUUUAUUCCUACAAGUGCUCCUUCGAAAAUGUCCUCCCAAUGUCAGUUCUUUAUCGCCAGAACGCACUUUUCAAUUGGGUUAUUGAAGAAAACAACAAUUGGGAUAUCGAAAAGCGUCUUAAGGAGUCAUACAGGAAUUCUAUCGAAACAAACAACAUCUACGCAUUAAUGAGUUUCAUUAAUGAAGGAUAUGAUGUUAAAAAUACAGAUAUCAUCUCAGAAACAACAUUACAUACAGCUGCAAGAAAUGGAAACUCCACAGUUUUCCAGAUUUUAGCUGGUUUUGAUGAUGUUGACGUUAAUGCACUUGAUAUCUCAGGAAAUACUCCAUUAAGAGUUGCUGUUGAUAACGGAAAGCACUUCUUUGUUACAGAUAUUAACGAAAUUGUUAAGAUCGAACCAAACUGCCACGGAUCUCUUCUCUUCACACCACUUCAUCUUGCUGUUCAGCAGGAUAAUCUCCAUUUGGUUGAAGCCCUCUUGAAAUGCAAAGGAAUCAAUGUAAACUUCCAAAAUAAAUUCGGAAGUACCCCACUUUCGAUGGCAAAAUCGGAAUCAAUUCGCAAAGUACUUCUUAGUGCUGGUGCAAUUUGA